AUGGCCCCUUCCUGGCUCCCAGCUGUGGGGUUCACCAUCCUUCCAUCGGUGGGAAGUGCAAUUUUUGGGAUCGGAACUGAUGGCCAGAUAAAAACUUGGUAUGCCACCCUUCGAAAGCCAAGAUGGUGUCCUCCUGACUGGGUGUUCCCCCCAGUGUGGGCAACUCUAUACACGUCAAUGGGCUAUGGAUCAUACCUGGUUUGGAAAGAAUUGGGAGGAUUUACUAAGGAUGCAGUGGUACCCCUAGGACUGUAUGCUACACAACUAGCACUGAACUGGACAUGGAGUCAAGUGUUCUUUGGCGCCCACAAAAUCAAAUUGGCAUUCAUUGAAAUUAUUUUAUUGACCGGAUCAGUCAUUGCUACAACCGUGGCCUGGUACCCGAUCAACAGAACUGCGGCUUAUUUGAUGUUCCCUAGUAUUGCCUGGCUUACACUAGCAACAGCCUUGAGCUAUCGCAUCUGGAAGGACAAUCCUAACUACAAGGAGGACUAA